AGAAACCAGAAGCCGAGCGCAACCGACGAUGUACGAAUUGCACCGAAUUCGACCGAUCAUCUACCCCCACUACAUCAUACAGGACCGUCAUCUCCCCACUCCCCGCACGGGAGAUCAGUCGCGUCACGCACGUAAUAGAGACAGGGAAUGGUUCCUCAGUGCUGCAAGCACGGUACCAGAAUCGAGUGGAAUCCAGCUGAGAAGCCGGGCCCGGUAGACGUCGAACGAGUAGGAUUAUUCGCCGUUGGAUCGGGAGCUGGAGCCAGGACACCGGGGUCGGGGCCGGGGCCGGGGAACAAUGUCGGAAACGACGAGGACGGUAUGCCGAGAUAUGCAGGAUAUCGCGCAGAACUGCGAUCCUUCGAGGUCGGAGCAGAGGCACGGUUAUAGAGAGAGCCGGUGUGCGCGAGAGUAAAGCUAGAUACAUAUCCUCCGGUUCCACUAUCCCCACUACUCGCGAUCCCCCACUUUCGCCCACCAAUACCCAUGUACCACGCUACGUCACCAACACAUCGACAUCGAGGCGCAAACCGAGAGAGAAUACGUCUAAGUGUAUUACCUCCGGGAGAGCGCACCGUUCCACCUAAAUAUGUAAUAAUAUCUACCGGAGAUACCGGCAUUCCUCGACCUCGAGAAGAAUUCGAUCAAAAUGUGUCGCGAUACUCUGCUGGUAUGCCAGGUGAGCUACGCGUUUCUCCCCGUCCCCUCUUGCCUCCUUUCCUUAGACGUUUACGCUUCCUACGUCUUCUUCAUCGAGUUUGCCCGAGUCAUCCCUCUCCCCCUCCACCCUUCCUCCCACUCGAGUUCUGUUCGAACGAGAUCGGAUGCGAGAUCGGCGUCUCGCGGUGUCUCGACUAUUUUCGAGGGUGGGAGUUUCGAGAGUUUUGUGAAUAUCGAGAGAUUUUAAGAGGAUUCGUUCUUUCAGAUAUUUUCGAUUGUAAUUUCGAUUAUUACGAUGAUCGAUUAUUUAUUCUUUGUUAAUUUCUAAAAUGGAGAGAGUGAGUGUUUGAGAAUUUCGUGAAAUUAAAAGAGGAUUUGAAAGUUGUGUGUGCAUGAAUAAACAAUUAUUAAAUUAAUAUUUUUUAUGUGGAAUCUUAAAAAUUAUUAGUUAGCAUAAAAAUAAUAUAUUUGGUUGAUUGGAUUAUGGUUUAUUUUUUCCAAACAAUAAAAAAUUUAAUAUAUUUAUACGAAAACUUUUGUAACUCCUAUAUUUUAUACAUAUUACAAUAGAAGAGAAUCGAAUGAAAUAGUAUGAGACUAAUUCGAUAUAGGAUAGCAAAGAAAUAGAAUCAAUUCUUCGAAAAAUAUAUCACACGUUUCUUAACACCCUGUAUAACUGCAGUAAACCGAUUGGCAGCUUGUCAGUUCUCUUGGAAAACAAUAGCGCAUCGAUGCAAUUUUAUCGAUGUUACAAUCGGCAGGCAAGUCGAUACUCAAGUUGAUAAAUAUCAACUACUUUCCUUCGGCAUAUUUCACAAUGCACGUCCAUCUCAAGUUUGUAUUAGUAUUGUUACUAUUCGUGUAAUCGAACGCGCUCGCCUUCGGUGCUAAUUUUUUUAACACCAUUUUCCAGAUUAUAGAGAUAAUUGAAUUUUUUCUUGAAAAUUUGAAAUUUGUGAAUUAUUAGAGACGGUAAGGAGCGGAAACAUCUCACUUUUAAAUUAUUUUUUUUACAGCUCUGUUAAGUUAUAAUCUUUUUUUUGGUUAAUUUAUCGAAAUAAGGUUAUUUGUUUAUCCACUUUAUCAAACGAUAUUACUUUUUUUUUACAAAAAUUAUUGAUUAUAGCAUAUAAAAAUGAUUGAACAGAAUUGAACCGAGUCUAAAUGAGUCUUAAUACGAUAAUCAAGAAUUAAAUCAAUGCCACUUCUUUUAUUCAUUCAUUCUUUCAUAUUUCACAUUUUAUUUGACGAUAUUUCACAAUUUGCCUGAAGAAUUUUUUAUGUAAAUUCUUCUCUUUAAAAAAGAAAUAAAAAAUUGAAAAAUAAAAAUAGCUCACAAUGUACGAGGAUACCGAAGAUGCAUCCGAUAUAGACGAAGAUUUUUUCAACGCAUUAGCGCUUCUACAUUCGACGGAAGACGACAGCACAGAAAAACUUCGUAAAAUGCUCGAUACAUUCAUUGAAAGAAGGUAUGGAUUUGACAAAACUUUGAUGGCGAGGAUGCCAAAGAAAUUUUUGCAAAAUACGAAAAUCUAUGGGAAAUCAAACGAAAGAUCGGAAACGUCCUCGCGGAAAAGGAACACCGCCUCGAAGAAAACCGGAAGUCAGUUGAUUUUUGGAAAUAACGAUAACACGAUGACAGAGAAUAAUUGGAAACCGAUGAAAAUAAUUGAUACGACGGAUGUUGAGGAUUGCAGCGAGAAGGGAGACAUCCCGAGGAUAUCCAUUCCUGAUGAAGGAUCUGGAGAUGGAUUAUUGUGCAAGAUCUGUAACGGGGCAAAGCUAGGACCAUUGAUAUUGUUGGAGUGUCAAGAAUGUCAAGAAGUCUAUCAUCCCCUGUGCCAUCAACCCCCUGUCGUCGAUAUCGACGUCUACGAUCCAAGAAUCGUGUGGAGGUGUAGAAAAUGCAUGGACACUUCUUCCGUAAACUCUGUCAUCGCCUUCGAUGAAAAGAAAGUGAAAAGGUCUCGUCUGACCAAUGACGAGGGCAAGCCCAAAGAGGUUUCCACAAAGAUGAACAAGUUGGUGAAAUUGAAUGGAAAUAUGAAGAAUGAAACUGGAAUCGUUGACCAAACCUCGUCUGAUGUUUUACAAAGAAACAUUGGUGAAAAUGCUAUAAUUGCGAAAAGUAGUUUUCAUUCGAAUCACAAGACGAGGACAUCAUCGUCGAGUCAAUUGAGAAAACGAAUCGGUUCGAAACUUUCAGUCACACGUCCUAUUAUAAAAUAAAUAUUAUUUAUUGUGUAUUAAUAACCAUUUAAAUUUAUAUAUAUAUAUAUAUAUAAUAAAUACGAAAAUUAAUUCAA